UUUUAAUUUUAAAGAUGUCAGUUCAGUGUCAAAGUCAGCCAAUUCGAACUUAGUUUACUUCGUUAUUUUACUGGCAUAACGAUUAUAACGGAAGUAGUUUAUUUUAUUAUUUUUAUCAAACAAUAAACAUUUAAAUAAAAACAAUGACUUCCACGCAAUCGGGCUGCGAAUCGAACGUUAGUGGGUUUAUACCCUGUGAUGACCAGACCAUCUCCCAAAUGUAUUUGUCUGCUAUUGAGGGAAUGGAGUCAAUAAACCAAGAUUUGCUGCAAAUAGCGAAUAACAUGAAGAGGAUUGUGAGCCAGGCGGGCCCCCUGGAGAGCCAGCUGAAUGCCUUGCUCCAAGCCCUGCCUGACCCCAACCUGCAAAUGAACAUGGAGACCGAAUGAUAUUGUUAUCUUAAGGAAAACACCAACCUAGUGUGAUAAAUUUGUUUAUUUGAAGGCUGAAGAAUUAAAUAUAUUUUCUAAAGUUAGUACUUUA